AACGACAUCGGGAGGAUGCGGGAGCUGAUCCGGAGGAGGGUGAACGUUGGGGCCAGAAACCACGUGGGCAGGGCAGCCCUGCACUGGGCUGCGGGCGCAGGGCACGAGCUGGCUGUGCGGCUGCUCCUGGAACACGAGGCUGCUGUGGACGCGCAGGAUGCGGUAGGGCCCUCACAGGGGCACAUCUGUUUUGGGAUGAAUGCACUUCUCCUGUCUGCCUGGUUUGGCCACUUGCGGAUCCUCCAGAUCCUGGUCAGCUCCGGGGCCAAGAUCCACUGUGAGAACAAGGAUGGCCUGACUUUACUGCACUGUGCAGCUCAAAAAGGCCACGUGCCUGUGCUGGCGUUCAUCAUGGAGGACCUGGAGGACGUGGCCCUGGACCACACAGAUAAGCUGGGCAGGACAGCAUUCCUCAGGGCAGCUGAGCACGGGCAGCUGGAUGCUCUGGACUUCCUCGUGGGCUCUGGCUGUGACCACAGUGUCAAAGACAAGGAGGGGAACACAGCCCUUCACCUGGCUGCCAGCCAGGGCCACAUGGCGGUGCUGCAGCGACUUGUGGACAUCAGACUGGACCUGGAGGAGCGGAAUGUGGAAGGUCUGACCGCCCUGCACGCAGCUGCUGAAGGCAUCCACCCCGACUGUGUGCAGCUCCUCCUCAGGGCUGGGAGCACCGUAGACGCCGUCACCCAGAAAAAAUGGAGCUGCCUUCACUACGCGGCGCUUGGAGGCUCUGAGGACCUGUGUCGGGCAUUCAUCCACGCAGGAGGCUGCACCAAUGUGGCUGAUCAUCAGGGCGCCUCCCCUCUGCACCUUGCCGUGAGGCACAACUUCCCUGCCGUGGUCCAGCUCUUUAUCAACUCCCACAGUGACUUGGACGCCACAGACAAUAGGCAGCAGACGCCUCUCCACCUGGCGGCCGAGCAUGCCUGGCAGGAUGCAGCAGAGAUGCUCCUUGUCGCUGGGGCUGACUUGAACCUGAGAGAUAAGCAAGGAAAAACUGCCCUUGCUGUGGCCGCCCGCAGCAACCACGUCAGCCUGGUGGACAUGAUCAUAAAAGCUGAUCGUUUCUACAGAUGGAAGAAGGACCACCUCUCAUGCAAGGACCCCAGCGGCCUCCCUGGGAAGAGCCUGACCUUUAAGCAGGACCAUCGGCAGGAAACACAGCAGCUGCGCUCUGUGCUGUGGCAGCUGGCCUCCAGCCAUCUGCGGCCUCAUGAGUGGAAGAAGCUGGCGUGUUCCUGGGAGUUCACUGAAGCCCAUGUCUGUGCCAUUGAGCAACAGUGGACAGGCACCAGGAGCUACCAGGAGCACGGCCACCGGAUGUUGCUCAUCUGGCUGCACGGUGUGGUCAUGGCUGGUGAGAACCCCAGCAGAGCACUGUUUGAGGGCCUCGUGACCAUCGGCAGGAGGGACCUGGCUGAAAGUAUCAGGAAGAAAGCAAAGGCAGACCCGAGUGCUUCUAGGAGAUGCACAGCGAUGUAACCAGAGGGACUGGACCUUCAGACACGUGGGACCUCAGAGCAUGGCGCCACCUGAACAGAAGAUGACCACUAUUUAAAGGCUUAAAAAAAAAUCACUGCCAACAGACCUUCAGCUGCUUCUACUGAAAUACAAUUGUGCAGAGACCAGCAGGCAUAUGUUUGUAUAGUAAUCUUUUCAUGAGGAUGGGUCCAGGGGCCUGUUUCAGGUGUUCUGGCUAAUCUGCCUGGUCCUUUGCAGCUCUCAGCUCACUUUUGCCUUCAUCAUCGUGGAGCCUCACAACUUUCCCUGAAGACGCAAGGGUCAUCUUUAUGGAUAGGACACUAAGGCCCAGGGAGAGGAAGCAGCCUGCCCGGGCCCCAUGGCUAAUAAGGUAGUGGGGUCGGGUGCCACUCUGACCUGGCAGGAGGGCUCCAUUCAUCAUAUAUAGAAUGGUCUGCUCUUAACUUA